AUGUUCGCUCGAUCUGUCCUGCGUUCUUCACCCUCACUCCGGCAAGCUUUGUCUCCCUCUUUCAUCAGAUCAUUCUCGUCAACACCUGCAAUCAUGGUCAAAGUCGGCGAAUCCAUCCCGAACAUCGACCUGGUCGAGGACUCCCCCGGCAACAAGGUCAACCUUUCCAAGGAGCUCGGUUCCGGCAAAGGGGUCAUCAUCGGCGUCCCCGCUGCAUUCUCGCCCUCAUGCUCCGACACCCACAUCCCUGGCUACAUUGCCAGUGAUAAACUCAAAAAUGCCGGAAAGGUCUUUGUGGUAGCUGUCAACGAUCCUUUUGUCACCAAGGCUUGGGCAAAGAGUCUCGACGAGUCGAAGAGCAGCGGCAUUCGAUUCCUCGCUGACCCUGCCGGCGAGUUUACUCGAGCUUGGGAUGUCGAGUUUGAUGCUACGCCACUCUUGGGCAACAAACGAAGCAAACGCUACGCCGUGGUCACCGAAGAUGGAAAGGCUGUCAAGGUUGCUGUUGAGCCCGACAACACCGGCCUCACGGUUUCCGCUGCGGAUAAAGUGUUGUAG